CUUAGUGGGACUGAGGUAGUACAAGUCAAGUCUCGUUUACAUGUAUAAAUACACACCAUCGUUGGACGGAAGAAAUCAAAUUGGAGGGGAAAAGAUCAUUCCACAAAGAACAAAACAAUUGUAUCAUGUUAUUAGUCUUCGUAAUAAUAGCUAAUUAUUCUAACAUUGGUUUUGGCCUCUCUAGUUCUUCUCACGAUGUUUCUUCUUCCCUCAAAACUGCUCUUCUUCGUGUCAACAGCAAUAUCAGCUUGACUGACAUCAGCUACGCCGCCAACGAUUACGGCAACAUUGUCCACAACCUCCCUCUCGCGGUGUUGCACCCGGCGUCCGUUGAAGAAAUCGCGGACACCCUAAAGCUGGUCUCUCUCCUUGGGCCCGUCACGGGGCUCCAAACCGCAGCCUCAGGUGAGCGGAAAUGUAUCCGCGGGCAGUCGCAGGUCAAAGACGGGGUCGUGAUAAACAUGCGGUCAAACCCGCUGCAUGAAACGCGGGUCAACGCGGGCGGAAGCCCGCCGUACGUGGAUGUGUCCGGCGGGGAGACAUGGAUAAAUUUGCUGAAUGAGACUCUCAAGUAUGGGUUGGCUCCCAGGUCUUGGACGGAUUACAUUCAUCUUACCGUUGGGGGCACUCUCUCUAAUUCUGGAAUUAGCGGGCAAGCGUUCCGGCAUGGCCCCCAGACCAGUAAUGUCCUUCUGCUCGAGGUUGUUACGGGAAAUGGAGAAAUCCUAAAUUGUUCAGCAACAGAGAAUGCUGAUCUCUUCAAUGCUGUGAGGGGAGGGCUUGGGCAAUUUGGUGUAAUCACCAUGGCAAGGAUCGUCCUAGAGCCCGCGCCACAAAAGGUUAAAUUGAUACGAGCGCUGUAUUCGAAUUUCACGGAGUUCUCUAGAGAUCAAGAGUUCUUAAUAACUUCAAAUAAUACAUUUGAUUAUAUCCAAGGAAUGGUGCAAAAGAAUAGCUCAGAUGAACCGCCGGGUUUUCGCCUAGAAGUAGCAAAAUAUUUCAACAACAUUGAUGACCCGAAAACUGUGACAGCG